AACACAUCUGCGGUAUACAUUCAUCUUUGUCUUCUCACUUCUCUUCUCACUUCUCUCCCACUAUAUUCUCUCUCUUCUCCCUUCCUCAAUUCACCUCUCUCUCUUUCAUCCUUCUUUGUCAGCUUUCUACUCCACCCUUUGAUUCUUCUCAAUCAGCCUCGGUUCUGAGAAGCCUCUACUUGUCUCUACUUGGUUUCAACAUUUCCUGGAUUAACAGCCCAUCAACCGACUCAGCCUUCUCACGUCACAAGACACCACUUCAUAGCCAGAUAACACGAUGAGUCGCAGCCACGGGCCUGACUUAAUUCUCAUGGACAGUGCCGACACCCUCGUUUACAUCGACGACACAGAACCACACGAUCGGUCAAGGUAUUCCUUGCAACCACAGCGCGCAGUUACAAUCCCCCACAGAGUCCAUAGUCAAAGACUGCUGUCCACGGGCUCUGCCUACUUUCGCAAACUAUUUGAGCCUAGAGCUCAGUCUCGAGUUCUGAAGCGUUGCAAGCUAGAUGGGACGUUGCCUGACGGUGUGAAGUUUGUCAUUGACCUCACGCCGCCCACCACAGAUGAUGAAGGAGUGAGGUUUACUACAGAGCUUUCGUGUCCGCUGGGGUUACGAAAAUGGGCUCUUGCACAAAAUCGAUGGACCCUCCCAUCUCACCUUGUUGGUGGCAUAGACGAUGGACUCGAACACUCCAGUAGCAGUGACGAGCCCGGCAUCCCUGUUGAGUAUUCAGAGGCUCGCAACCGCCGAGGGAUCGCUCAUGUCCUCCAAGCCUUAGAAGGAUUCAAGCCUCAGCUUAACACUCCGUGCAAGCUCUGGACGUUCCUUGCCUUGGCUAAGCUGUAUGGCAUCGCUCAUCAUCCAUGGGUCAAGGUCCCGAUCUUGACCUGGAUUUACGAGGGUAGGAACUCUCUACUCAUUGAAAUGCACCCAGAGAUUGCAUACGGGAUUGCUUGCUCUAUCCAAUGUGACUACUUGUGCCAGGACUCAUUUUCGAUCUUGGUCGGAGAGGCAUCUUUGCGAUUGAUGGCGGAGCCGAACGCAACACUUACCCGCCCUUGGGAUUCGCACGAGACUCUCUACGGCCGGGUUCGGGAGGUUCUGGAUGAUGAGGACCGGCAGCGAGUGGAGUAUGCCAGUCAAAGCUUCAAGGACCAUGUCAUUGACACUUUUCUUGAGCUCGUUGGCAGCAAGAUGCAAUGGCUGGAGAGAUUGCCUGCGGUCCACAAAGUGCUCUUACACGAAGCAGGCGGCCCUCCUUGUCCUCUUGCAUCUGAGCUCAUCAGAUGUCUCAAGAACUAUGUGCGACACCAUGUUAUUGAUGCAUUAAAUACCGACCUGGUAACUUGGAAGGAGAUCUCAGUGCUUCAUGAGCCCGAUGAUGAUUACCCGGGAGAGCGAUUUCUGAAAGCUUAUACCAAGAUGCAUUAUACCGAGCGCAUUAUGAGCCGAACUUUCUGGAAGAACCUCGGGUCAAAAAAUUGGAGCAAUCUCCUACCGUCAGCCUUCGUGUAUCUGCGCUCAGCCAACUCCAUCGCAAGUCAGUCGGUCGCCGAUCUGGGCCGUCAUCUACAGCCAUUUCGGGCGCAGGAAAAUACCAAGAUCGGACUUUUUGACACGGGUGACUUGGUUGGAGAAGUCAACCGUUACAACGCCCACACCGGCUCCGGUCGUCCCGUUUAUGGCGCGGAUCUCAUUAUUGUAGGCGACACUGGAGAGCUGGAGUCAGCAUGGAACAACACCCUGGGUCAUCUCUCGAGCGAAGCACCCUCCGGUCCAAUCUGCCAUCUCGGAGGUCUCUAUCCGGAAGGGUACAUUGACUUUAACCCUCAGGAUUUUUUCAGCCAACUUUCUUCCUAUCUGCACUCAAUAUCAGACAGGAUGCGCGGGUCCUAUCGAUCUGAGAUGGAUCAGCUAAUUACCGACUGUGUCAGCUGCCUGACUGCGAAUGAAGUGAAGUAUCUUCCUUUGUGGGCGGGAGGUAAUGACGAUGGUUCUGGAGGUGUCUUCGCCGACCUUGACAUUCCAAAUGCCGAGCUUGCAGGGUUCGCGACGCCGGGACCGGGGAUACAUAUGGGAAGCUCGGUUGCUUCGAAGCCGCUCUCAGACUACUCUUCCACCACUUAUGAGAGUACGGUGCAAGCUGCGUCGCACGGGGCGACAGGCGGAUUUGGUACGGAUGUCAUGUCGUUCAGCAUGGCAAGCGAAAGAAGCGGUAUUGAACAAUGUAUUGCAGAUUUUGAAGACUUGUCACUUGAAGAUGCGAUCCAGCCACUCUAGGCUUAUACACUGAGAUGAAAGGAAGUUUAUCUGAGAUAUUACAGAGAAAAAUCUAG